AUGGGCUACUAUGGUCACCUGUGCUACCUGCAGGUGCACAACUGCACCUACAAUGAGCCAAGCACCUGCCUGAGAAGGGACUGGAGUCUCUCGGAGCCUGCCCAAAUCCCCGCGACUGAGCGCAGGGGCAGAGCUGUGCCCUGGGCGGGACCACAGGCACACACCCGCCGGGGCUCACCGGUAGCCAGGCUCCUUCCGACCCGGAGCAGGACCUCAGCUGUGCAACCGGCUCCUUUGGGUGCUCCUGCCACCACCACCUCCCUGACCCCGGCUGGCCCAGGGGCUCCGGCCCGCCGGCCGCAUCCCGCUGCCCGCGCACCCCUCCGAGGGGCCGGAGAGGUUUCGUUGUUGGGACCGGCCCGCCCCGCUGGGGACCAGCCCAAGCCCUCCUCGGGAAGGCUCACCCUGGCUCCAUCACCUCCUGAUCCAGCCUGGCUCCGCUCCCCACCAGGGCUGCCCUCGCCCCCCGCCCCGGGGCCGGCGCAGACUGCAGCCCACCCGGCCCCGCUGGGCGAGCGAACCCCCAGCACCUCUGCCUCCCCACGCGGGCUCUACCCUCCAAGACUCUGCGCAGCUCUCGUGCACCUACGGAAUUCACGAACAGCCUCCUCCCUUCUUGAAUUUAUACCAUGCUCAGCUGUGACAGCCUCUCCUCCCCAUCCAUCACAUCCUGCCACCUGCAACCUCGAAUUGGGGCGGGGGAAGCAGCACCAGGAACACCCACAUUGCCGUAGAAAACACUCUACUGGACACGUGGUUGCCACUCACACAUGCUGUAACGAGUCCCUACCCCUGAAAGCUGAGCAAUGCAAGAAUUCCCCAGCAAGAAAAGGACACAAGAUGAGCUGUGUGUGCAGCACCCAGGCUCUGCCCAGCUGUUCUCUGUUCUGCACAGGUCUGAUUCGGAGCUAAAGGAUACAGAACUGGGGUAGAUCCCACCUGCCACAAAAAAGCAGCUCCCACAAUAAAAGCCAAGGAAGAAAGCAUUACCCAAGCAAUUAAUUUAAAAUACAGGAUGGUCCAGCUUUGGACAAAACAUUUCUGCCUUACAUGACAGGGUCAAAGGACACUUGACACAACUACAAUUUUGGUUCAGAACCAGGGGCACAAACAGAACUCUAGAAACCCAAGUGCAAGCAUUCAUCUAAUUAUUAGUUACUGCAAGAAUAUGAUGCAACAAAAACUAAGAGGCAGGGGAAAAAAAUCUGAGGCAAUUUAAGGGUAAUAAACCAUGAACUCAAACAAAAAUA